CUCGAUCUUUACAUCCCUCUGUGACUCAUGACAUCAAAUCGUUUUGCCGGCGGGGUGAUGCAAAAGACAUUGUGACUCUUAGCCUCAGAAACCUAGUCUCACAACAACAUCAAUUCCUCUGGCAGCAUUUCGACACGAUGGCUCUUCAUGAUCUCCUGCCGGGUAACGCCAUCAAUCACCCAUUGCUCACCAUUCUCGCGAUCCCCACAAUUCUCCUCCUGGCCCGCUCAAUCUAUCGAGCCAUCUUCCAUCCAAUCUCGCAUAUCCCAGGACCUCUGGUCCCAAAACUCACCUCGUUAUGGCUCUACUACCACGCAUAUAUUGGGGAUGAAGCAAGCACCAUCCACAAGCUCCACGAGCAAUAUGGACCGUACGUUCGUGUCUCCCCGAAUGAAGUAGAUAUCAGCGAUGCGGAAGCUAUAGCACCCAUCUAUGUCACAAGAGGAGGUUUCACCAAGGCACCAUGUUACGCGAACUUUGAUAUCGAUGGCCAUAAAACCAUUUUCUCGACGACGGAUAUGGAUUAUCGAAAGCCGAGAGCUACAGCAGUGGUUUCGAUGUUUUCAACGAAAAGCAUAAGGGAGAACGAAGCAGCAAUAUAUGGCUGUGUAGACCGCAUGGUGUCUCGCAUGCAAGAAGAAGCUAAGACCGGGCGUCCUGUCAACAUCCUCAACAUUGCACGCUCUCUUGCAGUUGACGCUGUUUCCACCCACCUGUUCCAAGAAAACUACAACGCUACCGCAGAGAAAGGAAACCGGCUUUCAGUCUCCGCCUUCGUAGAUGCCUUCGUGGCUGUGGGGCGAUUCUUCUACCUCCCGAACACAGCAUUCACCUGCCUUGAAUGGGCGCUCGAGAAGCUUGUCCCGGAUGAACAUACAGCUACGUCCAUGGAAGUGGUUGACAAAUUUGUCGACAACCUUGUGUCUUCUACUCCAAAAGGAGCGACGAAUUACCCCGGUCGAUUGAUGGCAAUUGGCUUAGAGAGAUCCGAAGUCAAGGCCCAGUGCAAAGAUCUGAUUUUCGCGGGUACGGAUUCAACGGGAAUGAAUCUUGCUACGAUAUGCCGACAGCUUGCCUUGAACUCUGACAAAUAUGAGACCCUUCGCACCGAACUCCUAACCAACGCUCAAGCAGGCGAAAGCCGUCAAGACGCCCAAUCCCUCCCCUACCUCUCAGCCGUAGUAAAAGAAGCCCUUCGAAUCAGCAUGGCCAACCCCACCCGCCUCCCACACAUCGUCCCCCCCGCCGGCCUCACUCUCUCCAACAUCACCAUCCCUCCAGGCACAAUCGUCGGUAUCUCAGCUUACUCCCUGCACUUUAACCCUACCGUGUUCCCCUCACCACACUCUUUCAUCCCGGAACGAUGGCUCCCGGACCAGGUUACGGAGGAAAUGGGUAAGAGUUUCUUUGCCUUCGGGGCUGGGAGUAGGGCGUGUAUAGCGAGGAAUUUGGCGAUGACGGAGUUGUAUUGGGCCACGGAGAGGAUUGUCGAGGGGGAUGUGCUGAAUGGUGCGAGGACACCGGGUGGUAAGGAGGAGAAGGUAGAGAUUUAUGAGUGGUUCAAUAGUAGUGUCAAGGGGGAGAAAAUUGAGCUUGUUUGGGAGGGGUGAAGGGGUAGGAAGUGGAAAGGGGCUUAAGAUGGAACAAAGCAGGGCUAAAUUAUAAUAUCCCCUGUCAACCUUCGCCAAUGGAUUCAGACUGAGAGUCGUACUAUUAGACUCUGUACCUCAGUAGGUGUGUAUCCCGAAGCAAUUGCUCUUCGGUAAAUAUGAAAUGCGCC